AUGCCAGUAUAUUUUGCUUGUUGGAGUUCGCAAAGAAUAAGUUUAGCUCGAGCAGUCUACAGCAACUCUGAUGUGUAUCUUUUGGACGACCCUUUAUCUGCUGUGGACAGCCAUGUUGGAAAAUUUCUCUUCAAAGAGGUCAUUGGCCCAGAGGGAUUAUUACGCCAUAAGACUCGUAUUCUGGUUACGCACGGGGUACACUGGCUACCGAAGGUAGACCUAAUUGUAGUGAUGUAUGAAGGGACCAUUUCAGAGGUAGGAACGUAUGAAGAGUUGAUGCAGAAGAGAGGGACUUUCUCAGAGUUCCUUGAAACUUACCUUCUUCAUGAGGAAGACGACACAGAUUCAGAAAUUGCCGAUAUACAGGACGAGAUGUGGGAACAGCUAGAGUGCGUGUCGGACUAUGGUUUGUCCGCGGAUGAUUCUGACCUGUCUAAACUGCAAAUUGCCGGAAAAGCAUCAUUGCGGAGAAAUUCCAGAGUUUUUAUUCCGACAAACAGCAAAAAUAAACUCUCAGAAUUAAAUUCCAAAUCAGAAUCAGGUGCCUAUUUGAUGAAGUCAAUGAACAAUUUCGAGUCACAGCAACAUUUUUUGAGGUCGAAAAAGAUUACGCUUGAAAAACUGCAGAGGUCGUUAUCACAGGAGGGAAUCUUACCAUACAAAAGUGGCGGAGAAUUCGAACCGAAAGAAGGAAAACUGAUCCAGGACGAAAAAUCGGCGGAGGGGACUGUAAAACUUUCCGUUAUUUUUACCUACAUAAAAGCUAUGGGCGUGAUCGGUACCGUCCUUUCUUUGUUGUUUGUAAUAGUUUUUCAAGGACUUAAUGCCUACGGAAAUUUUUGGUUGACAUUUUGGACAGAGGAUGAAAUUAUCAAAAAUUAUUCACUGAUUACGACGCAGAAAUAUUCGAAUCGGACGAACUACUACCUCGCAAUCUAUACAGUCCUAGGAGUUCUGCAAGGAAUUUUCCUGUUUUUGUUUGUUUACCUCGGACUAAGAAGAUUAAUAACUGCUUCCGGAUCCCUACAUUCCUCCAUGUUAUUUUGUAUUUUACGUUCACCAAUGUCAUUUUUUUACACAACGCCUGUUGGUCGGAUCCUGAACCGUUUCUCUAGCGAUAUAGACAUAUUAGAUGACCGCCUUCUUCGGUCCUUCAAUUUGUGGGCUGUGAUGUUGUCAACCUUGUUAGCCAUUUUGGUUGUGAUAUCCGUGAACACGCCUAAAUUUCUUUUUGUUAUUCUACCCGUGGGCAUUUUUUAUAUUUUAAUUCUGAGGUUUUACUUCCCUACCGCCAGGCAACUGAAAAGAAUUGAGGGCGUGACUCGCUCCCCUGUAUAUAACCACUUCAGUGAGUCUAUUACCGGUGCCAGCUGUAUCCGAGCUUACCGGGCGGUGGACCGAUUUAUUACCGAGUCCCAGGUCCGAGUCGACACAAACUCAACAUUCUAUCACGCCGCAAAUACAGCGUCAUGGUGGAUUGCACUUCGUCUAGAAUUCUUGGCGAAUGUUCUGGUGCUAGCAGCCGCUGUGUUUUCUGUUCUUUCUGAUACUUUGUCAGGGGCGGGGAUAGGGCUAUCUCUAACAUACUCAUUUCAGGCUGUAAUCUCCCUGAAUCUGGUCGUCCAGUCUGUGAGUCAGAUGGAAAUGUAUAUCGUGUCAGCAGAAAGGGUAGAGGAGUUCACGAGACUUCAACCAGAGGCUGAAUGGAUUGAACCAAACAGCCGUCCAUCUCCUACUUGGCCUGAAACGGGGGAGGUGGAAUUUAAGUCCUACACCACCCGGUACCGGGAGGGUUUAGACCUCGUGCUGAGAGGACUCGACUGUGUCAUUAAAGGGGGCGAAAAGAUAGGUAUUGUAGGUAGAACAGGAGCUGGGAAAUCAUCCGUGACGCUUGCACUGUUCCGCAUCAUUGAACCAGCAGGUGGAGACAUAAGAAUUGACAAUAUGUCGAUAUCUUUGAUGGGCCUCCAUGACUUACGAUCUAAAAUAACAAUACUACCUCAGGAUCCUGUCAUAUUUUCUGGAUCAAUCCGUUCUAACUUGGAUCCGCUCGAGAUAUUUUCAGAUCAGGAUCUUUGGGUGGCGAUAGAGAAGGCUCACAUGAAAGACUUCGUCACUAGCUGUGUAGGUCAGCUAGAUUACGAAUGUGGGGAGGGAGGUCAAAACUUCAGCGUUGGUCAACGACAGCUGAUUUGUCUGGCUAGAACUCUACUACACAAGACAAAGAUCCUGAUUCUGGACGAAGCCACGGCAGCCGUGGAUGUAGAGACAGACGAACUGAUCCAGAGGACGAUUAAAUCAGAGUUCAGUGACUGUACUGUACUGUCUAUAGCUCAUAGACUCAACACUGUGAUGGAUUACGAUAGAAUAAUGGUGAUGGACAAAGGAUUGAUAGUCGAGUUCGGAGCCCCUCAAAAACUACUGGAAGAUAAAUCCGGGGUCUUCUACAAGAUGGCUAAAGAUGCUAAUCUCGUAAAUUAGCAUAUCUUAUCUAGAAUCAUUACAUUACUGUGAAAUCACUUAU